AUGGAACUUGUCGCCACCAGGGGGCCACGCUUAUCUCAACGCCUCGAUGGGUUGCGCGCGGGUCAAGCAAGGUUUCCCGCGGCGGAGUCUUGCUUGCCGCGUGUAGGAAGUAGUGAGACACUCACAUUGUACCUACUUGCAUUGCAAAUGGACGCACGGUGGAGUGCCCUCCAUGACUGAUUUCGUUCGGGGUGAGGUGCCCGCCGAACUUCGAAGCCAGAAAGGGAAGUUGCAUCGCCCACGAACUCGAUCUGACAAUUCAAAAGUCUCGCAUCUUCAAUCCUGUAUUCUGUUGCCAUUGCCAAAAUAUCCCGUCGUCGCUCACUCGCUAUGAGAUCUUUAGCGACCAUCGCCAAACCAUGGUGGAGGGAUGCAGUAGUCUAUCAAGUCUGGCCAGCCAGUUUCAAAGACACCAACCAAGAUGGAGUGGGAGACAUUCGAGGCGUCAUUGAGUCUCUGGACCACAUCCAGAGCAUCGGCGCGGACACCGUUUGGAUGUGCCCUAUCUACGCCAGUCCUCGUAUCGAUUUUGGAUACGACAUCUCCGACUACGAGGCCAUCGACCCCAACUUUGGCACCAUGGCGGAUGUCGAUGACCUGAUGCAGGAGUGUCAUAACCGUGGCAUGAAGCUCAUCAUGGAUCUUGUCAUCAACCAUACCUCAGAUCAGCACAAGUGGUUUCAGGAAUCUCGAAGCUCCAAGACCAAUCCAAAGCGCGACUGGUAUAUCUGGCGUCCGGCCAAGUAUGACGAGAAAGGACAACGGUUGCCACCCAACAAUUGGCGAUCAAACUUUGUCGGGAGUGCCUGGACCUGGGACGAAACAACACAGGAAUAUUAUCUCCAUCUCUUCGCUCCGGAACAGCCUGACCUGAACUGGGACAAUUUGAAGAUGCGAAAGGCGGUCUAUGACAGCGCUGUGCGGUUCUGGCUCGAGAAGGGCAUUGACGGCUUCCGCAUCGACACCAUGACAAUUUAUAGCAAGAACCCGGCCUUGCCGGACGCUCCGAUCACUGAUCCGACGUCCGAAUGGCAGUCGGGGCGAAAGUGGUACGGCGACCAACCCAAGGUGUUUGAGAUCCUCAAAGAGAUCACGGCGAUCACGUCCCAGUAUGGUGAGAAGAUGACGGUCGGAGAGUUCGGAGCGCUGAAGAAUCUGAACGUCGCCCUCGAUUACGUUGGCGCCUCCAACCGUUGUGUUGGGAUGGGAUUCCAGUUCGAGACGGUCUGUGUUGGUUAUGCCUUGAAUCACUGGCACAUCCGAGACUUUUCUCUCCAGGAAUUCAAGCAGACAUUCGGCAAAUGGCAGCAAUUCGUCGAGGGGACCGACGGUUGGACAUGCGCGUUCCUAGAAAAUCAUGACAUAGCACGCUCGGUUUCGCGCUUCGGUAAUGAUUCGCCCAGAUACCGGGCCACUUCGGCCAAAAUGCUGGCCAUUUUGCUAGCCACGUCAACGGGAACAUUAUUCUUGUAUCAGGGGCAAGAGAUUGGUAUGACCAAUGUUCCAGCCAGUUGGCCGAUCGAAGAGUAUCUAGAUAUCAGCUCGCAGAAUUAUUGGAAGUCUGUCAAGACUGCCACCGACGACAAAGCUGUUUUGGAUGGCGCCCUGGCCAACAUCCGGAAGGUUGCUAGGGAUCAUGCAAGGACCCCUAUGCAGUGGAGUGACAAACCUCAUGGGGGCUUCACCACAUGUGGAAAAGGACCGUGGAUGCGGACCAACGACAAUUACGUCGAUAUCAGCGUCGAGAAGCAAGCUCAUGACCCGGACAGCGUGCUGUCGUUCUGGAAGCAGAUGCUUGUAUUGCGCAAGCAGUACUCGGAUAUCUUUGUCCAUGGAACUUGGCGGACCAUGGACGUGGAAAAUCCUGCUACCAUGACUUUUGUGAAGCAGGCCGAAGGAGAGAAGGCUUUGGUGGUGCUUAAUUUCACCGAUCAACCACAGCCGGUCAAAAUCCCAGAAGACUUUAGGGGCUCCAAGCCUCUGAUCACGAACCUGAACCAGUGGUAUCCUGAGACUUUAAGUGCGUAUGAAGGAAGGGUAUAUGUCGCAUAGACCGACGAGAGAGACAAUAAUAUUAGGAUACCAGAAAGCACAUAUCACCCACACGGCUUGCAAUAAAAAGCUCAUAGAGACUUUCCGGCGUAGCAGAUGUCUCUCGGCCAUGUAGCCGUAAUCUCUCUCCAGUCAGCUU